AUGGCGGGUCAGAGAGCGGCGUGCUGCGCCAGGAAGGAGCGGAUCCUCUGCAGAAGCUCCUUCUUCACGCUGUCUGGCACCAACGCUGAAAAACAACCACAGAACCGGGUCACAGAGGGUUCAGCAGAACCAGCUUCCAAAGCUAGGCCUCUUCCCCCCCAGAAGGCUCAACAAACCAAAGAAUUCCCCAUGACUGAAGCUCUCUGUUUACCUCUGCCCUUCGGCGUGACGUCUGUGACCAGGUCCUCCACCGUGACGUGCUCCAGGCCCUUUUCUCUGAUCACGUCUGGACACAGAGAACACAGUUUUAGCGGGAUGGCCCGACGGGACCCCAAACGCACCACACACGCACCUUUGCAUUGCGCCUUGAGCUGGUCCUUCCAUCCACACUCCACCAGCUUGGCCCUGAGCAGUUCCUUCAACCUGCGGCCACACAGCUCAGGGGUCAGAGCUGCUCCUGCCGUGCCGCGAACCAUCAUCUGGGAAUCGGCCAGUUUUGGUCCCACAGCCAUGGCGGCGUCUAACUACACCCUGAAGGUCAACAGGGGCCUUUUGGACCCGAACUUUGAGAGUUACCGGCUGUCUCUGGACGCCAUCCCGACGUACAACGUAGAGCUGGAUGCCGCUGUGGAGGAGGUGAAGCUGAAGGACUCUCAGUACACGCUGGAGCACAUGCGUGCCUUUGGCAUGUUCAACUACCUGCACCUGGACCCCUGGUACCAGGACAGUGUGCUGUUUGUGGACUGCAAAGGACGGGUUCUGAAUCUCACUGUCACCCUGGACACGGCCCUGGGGAAGCCCAGGGAGGUGUUCUGCCUGGGGGCCGAGCCGGGCCGGGGGGGGGAGCGGGUGUGCCCCUCCCUCAGCCUCACCUCGGCCACCUGGGCCGCCCUGUCAGACGGCCACGGCCGGCUCCUUUCGCACGUCCAGGAGGGCGUCCACGCCGUGGAGGUCCUGCUGCUGCGCGUCCAGAAAGACCCGCCGGACACCCCGGGAAGUGGCUUCUCUGUGUCUCUGGAGUGGAUCACGGAGAGGAAGUACGAGGUGAGGAAGAGGAGGGUCCUGCGGGGGCGGUCGGUGCCCCACUAUGCGGCGGUGGAGCCUGGAGGGAAGGGGCUGAUGGUGGCCUCCGAGCGGCCCUUUGCUUUCACGCAUGUGGACGGACAACCAGUCGUCCAGCCAGAACCGGAGCCCAUGGAGGAGGACAAAGCAGAUCCCAUCUACUUCUGGCAGCAGACGGACGAGGACGUCACCGUUUGUGUGCGGACGCCCGAAGGCGUCACGAAAGAGGACGUCCAGUUCAAGUUGAAGGCGGAUAGCCUGAGCGUGGGGCUCCGGGGCUUCGCCCCCUUACUGGCCGGACAGCUGUACGCCCCUAAUGGAAACCCGGACGGGGACAAGCCGCCCUGUAACUCCCAGGAGCUGGAGGACUGCGACGGCUUCCCAGACGACUGCUCCAGCCUCACCCGCUUCGACGAGGAGACGCUCAGGCCCACCCAGGUGGUGAACCUGGGCAGCCACCAGUACCUGUUCACGGUGGAGGCCGACCCGGGGGCCAUGCCCUGCCUCUGCCUCCGGCACGACGUGGACGCCCUGGUGUGGCAGCCCCGCCCCCAGCAGCCCGCCGACCCCUGGGAGCACGUGGCCACCUUCAACGCUCUGGGUUAUGUUCAGGCGUCCAAGCGGGACAAGAAGUUUGCCACCUGCGCCCCGGACUUCUCCUUCGCGUCGCUGUGCGAGUGUCUGCGCCGCGUCUUCAUCUACCGCCAGCCGGCGCCGGUGGAGACGCUGCUGGUCAACAGGAAGCAGGGCCGGCAGGUGGGGCAGGUUGCCAAGCAACAGGUGGCCAGCCUGGACUCCGACCAGCCAAUCCUGGGCUUCCGAGCGACCAACGAGAGACUGUUCGUGCUGACCGCCACCAAUCUGUUUAUUCUAAAGGAGAGGAAGUACGAGGUGAGGAAGAGGAGGGUCCUGCGGGGGCGGUCGGUGCCCCACUAUGCAGCGGUGGAGCCUGGAGGGAAGGGGCUGAUGGUGGCCUCCGAGAGGCCCUUUGCUUUCACGCAUGUGGACGGCCAACCCGUCGUCCAGCCAGAACCGGAGCCCAUGGAGGAGGACAAAGCAGAUCCCAUCUACUUCUGGCAGCAGACGGACGAGGACGUCACCGUUUGUGUGCGGACGCCCGAAGGCGUCACGAAAGAGGACGUCCAGUUCAAGUUGAAGGCGGAUAGCCUGAGCGUGGGGCUCCGGGGCUUCGCCCCCUUACUGGCUGGCCAGCUGUACGCCCCUAAUGGAAACCCGGACGGGGACAAGCCGCCCUGUAACUCCCAGGAGCUGGAGGACUGCGACGGCUUCCCAGACGACUGCUCCAGCCUCACCCGCUUCGACGAGGAGACGCUCAGGCCCACCCAGGUGGUGAACCUGGGCAGCCACCAGUACCUGUUCACGGUGGAGGCCGACCCGGGGGCCAUGCCCUGCCUCUGCCUCCGGCACGACGUGGACGCCCUGGUGUGGCAGCCCCGCCCCCAGCAGCCCGCCGACCCGUGGGAGCACGUGGCCACCUUCAACGCUCUGGGUUAUGUUCAGGCGUCCAAGCGGGACAAGAAGUUUGCCACCUGCGCCCCGGACUUCUCCUUCGCGUCGCUGUGCGAGUGUCUGCGCCGCGUCUUCAUCUACCGCCAGCCGGCGCCGGUGGAGACGCUGCUGGUCAACAGGAAGCAGGGCCGGCAGGUGGGGCAGGUUGCCAAGCAACAGGUGGCCAGCCUGGACUCCGACCAGCCAAUCCUGGGCUUCCGAGCGACCAACGAGAGACUGUUCGUGCUGACCGCCACCAAUCUGUUUAUUCUAAAGGUCAAUAAUAAUUAG